AUGGAACACAUUGAGAUUGGGGUUGAGACACAAGUUGAACAAAUUGAACAAUUAGUUGAUCCCCUGGUUACUGGAAUGGUUACAAACACCAUUGAUACAAGCACUGAAAAACCUAUAGAGUUAGAGAAACCGGCUGCAGAAAAUACAGAGAAGCCUACUGAGUCACCAAUAGUGAACAUUGUAGAGGUACAGACUGAGAAACCGGUAGUGGAUACCACUGAGAAACCAUCAGAAAGAAUGGUAGAAGAGAGCACAGAGACACAGGUAGAGACCCAAACUGAGAAAGCCAUUGAGAAAAAGGUAGAGAAAAAGGUUGAGUUGCAGGUACAUACAAAGACAAUGCCACCAACAACAACUGAGAAGCUUAAACCUUUGCUGAUAGAAAUGCAGACACAAACUGACCCUCCAUAG